CUUACAACAACUACCACUCAUAAUAUCGACAUCAAGACCACUAUUAACACAAGUUCACAAUGAUUACUACAAGUAUGCAUCUGUUAAUCCUUCUGCCCAUGGUCCUCCUCGCAGUCGCCCUCCCUCAACCUCACCCAAAAUAUAUCGGCUGCAUCUCCCAAGCCUCAACCUUCUCAGCAACAACUCUGCCCUCCCCUUUCACAACUAAUCAAUGCCUCCAAGCCUGUGCCGCUAAAGGUAGCCUCGUCGCCAUUGGCAGCGGAACAUGCUACUGCGAUAACGGUAGCGCAUCUGCAUCUUUCGAACUAGUCGAUGAGACUCGCUGCACAGAGUUAUGUAUUGCCGGCGAUGCGACCAGUGGCAAAUGUGGAGGACAAGACGUCAUGAGUCUGUACCAGAUCGACGGUUGUAACGGCGGUUGCGCAAAGAAUGGGACUAUUCCGCCUGUGGUGCAGACUCCUUGUACGCUUUGUGGACAGGCGACGCUUGUUCCUACUCCUACAGCAGUUCAGAGGAAAGCUGGGAGCCCUUGUCCUUUUGAAGGAUGUAAAGCUGCGCCAGCUCCUAUUGCAACCCCUGCUGGGAACUCGACUGCCAAGAUCUGCCCAUCAGGAGGAUGUAGUUCCAACGGGCAAGGAGGCGGCCAGAGCGGUAGUGGAGAAGCUGGUGGCCAAGGCGGAACAACAGGCACGGAAAAUGGAUCUUCUGGUGAAGGGUCUAAGGCUGCCCCGGGGCUUGCGAACGAAAGCCCAAGAUUGUAUUCGCCAAGUAUACUGUCAGCUAUCGCAGCCGUGAUCUUUGGGUUGCGAUUCCUAUAAGCAAAAAGGAGAAGAAUGGGCGCAUUCGCUUGCAUGUUUUGGAGUUAACGGCUGGGCAUGAUUCAUGAUUUGAUGGAAACGGAAAGAGAAACGGAAACGAAAACAAAGG